AUGCCGAGAACACUGCCUUGGUUGUUUAACCAAGGCAAUGAUGUGCAGGUCAAGCGAGAAUCUACUCCCCGAAAGCGUGUUAAACGAGAGCGCACUCCCGAAGCCCAUGACGACGUUACCCCAAGGAAACCUCCUACAUCACCCGAAAAGCGGGACUUCUUCAGGUCUUCUCAAACUCCGCCUACCUCGCCUGCGCGACCUUGUCCCCCCCAAGAGUUCCUGAUCGAAGGCUUGGAUCACGAUGAUGCGUGGAUCAUGGUCGAAGACGAGUUCUACACGAUAGCUCAAUCGUUUGCACAACAUCUACACUAUGCGGAAUACAUUCGGCGGAAAAAAGAAGCGAAAGCGCAGAGCAUGGAGGCGCUGAAUGAGAUUCAAAGGCCUACGGAUGGUCGAACAAAAUUGCCGAAGGAGGCCGAACGGAGGAAGGAGGCAGAAGCGCUCGCUGCGCGCCAAAAGGCUGGGUUGGCACACUUAGGGGAGCCAGAAGCAGACAAAGAUGAUUCCAAUGACGAUGACACAUGGGCUGGGACGCAUCUUCAUGGUCUUAUGACCAGUCCGCGGAAAUCGCGCUUGUUAAUGGGUGCUCAUGCAAUGAAAUCUUCUACGAGGGCCGCUGCAGGCUUUAGCCAAGCUGCAGGCGCCUAUAGCGACCGAGCUGCGGCUAGUGUUCCAUUGUCAAGAGCAGCAGCAGCUCACAUCGUCGAGGUUCAUGAUGUAACAACAUCGGAUGAUGAUGGCGAUAUCGAUGGAGAGACGGCUUCCGAUGAAGACGACGAUCUUGAUGGGCAGGCUCGUCCGGUCAGGAUACAGUCGAAAAGCCUACCAACAAAUGGCCCUACAAGGACUGCUCAACCCCAGCACACCACGGGUAGUAGGAACGGCAUACACAAGCAACCUACGAUAAAGGAAGAGAAGGUGCGGGUAAAUCCCAAACCAACCAGCAGGUUCCAGUCAAGAGUUCAAAUGCUAUUCGACGAUUUCGACGAGCUACCAGAGCCAUCGCCGUCAAAGACUUCUUCUACCUCCGACAUGAAAAAGAGCCGAUCUUCCACAAACAUUAUUACCCAACGUGGCUCUGGAGACGACAAUCUGGAAUCCAAGAAAACCCGCUUCAAUGACGUUCCAACUUUUCUCUAUUGA